CCGAGUUGGCGGCCACCCGGCAGCCCUUGGAGCGCUGGUAUCCGCUGAGCGGUCCUGGGGGAGGUGAGCGGGUGCCGUCGGUGAGGGUGCGUGGGCGCUACCGGGAGGUGCGGACCUUCCACUACCGGGAGCUGUGUGCCCGUCUGGAGCCCACCAUUGCCGUACGGCACAAGGAGGAGCUGGCCGGUGCCUUGGUCCGCGUUUUGCAGAGCACCGGGAAGGCCAAGUCGUUCCUCAUUGACCUCGGCGUGGCCGAGCUGGAUCGCUUUGACGACCGUGAGGCACUGAUCUUCCGUGAGAACACGCUGGCCACCAAGGCCAUCGACGAGUACAUGAAACUGGUGGGGGGCAAGUACCUCCAGGACACGCUGGGUGAGGUCGUGGCCCAGCUCUGCACCUCAGAUGAUAGCUGUGAAGUCGAUCCUAGCAAAUGCGCCGGCCUUGACCUCUCCGACAACCAGAACAACCUGCGGCAGGUCUGCGAGGAGACCUUCCAGCGCAUCGCCACGUCCUGCGACACCUUCCCGGCGGAGCUGGGCGAGAUCUUCGCGGCGUGGCAGGAAGAGUGCGCGGCACGGGGCAAGGCGCCCAUCGGGCAGCGCCUGGUCUCAGCCUCCCUCUUCCUGAGGUUCCUCUGCCCCGCCAUCAUGUCCCCCAGCCUCUUUGGCCUUGUCCAGGAGUACCCGAGCGAGGCCACCGCCCGUACCCUCACCCUCGUGGCCAAGGUCAUCCAGAACUUGGCCAACUUCACCACGUUUGGUGAGAAGGAGGCCUACAUGGGCUUCAUGAAUGAGUUCCUGGAGCACAACUGGAGCACCAUGACGGCCUUCCUGCAGAGCGUGGCCAACCCCGAGAGCAGCAUCCACAUGGCCACCUAUGACGGUUACGUGGACCUGGCUCUGGAGCUCGCCACUCUCCAUCUCCUGCUCUGUGACAUCUUCUCCAGCCUGGACCAGGCCACGCAGGAGGAGCUGGAGCCCCUGCCCACCAUCCUCACUGCCAUCAGGGAGGGGACUCCUGUCCCCGUCUCCGUCCGUCUCAGCUCCACCACGGAGCGAAGCACGGCGGAAAGCUUCAAACCAGGUUUUGUGCCACCACGGGACCUGAGCAAGCACAGUCCCCUCAUCAAGAGUCAGUCCCUCAUCAGCAUCCGUCGUGUCCGAGGUCGGGAGGACGGACCGGAACCAGAGCCAUCACCAGCACCGGUACCAUCAUCGCCACCCACACCCAGAGCGUGCCGGCACAGAGCAAAGCUGCCCGACGCCUACGCAAGCAGA